UUUGUUUGUUUCACUACUAACAUUCACAACUACUACAGACCACAUUGUAAAGAAUCAGGUUCAGUUAUACACCUUUAUUGUACUUUAUAGUACUACUAUAGGUUUUAUAUAGUACUACUACAGGUUUAAUAUAGUACAACUACAGGUUUAAUAUAGUACUACUACAGGUUUAAUAUAGUACAACUACAGGUUUAAUAUAGAACUACUAUAGGUUUAAUAUAGAACUACUACAGGUUUAAUAUAGUACUACUACAGGUUUACUGCAGUACUACUACAGGUUUUAUAUAGUAAUACUACAGGUUUUAUAUAGUACUACUACAGGUUUAAUAUAUUACUACUACAGGUUUACUGCAAUACUACUACAGGUUUUAUAUAGUACUACUACAGGUUUAAUAUAGAACUACUAAAGGUUUAAUAUAGAACUACUAUAGGUUUAAUAUAGAACUACUAAAGGUUUAAUAUAGUACUACUACAGGUUUAAUAUAGAACUACUACAGGUUUAAUAUAGUACUACUACAGGUUUAAUAUAGAACUACUAAAGGUUUAAUAUAGAACUACUAUAGGUUUAAGAUAAUACUACUACAGGUUUACUGCAGUUCUACUUCAGGUUUAAUAUAUUACUACUACAGGUUUAAUAUAGUACUACUACAGGUUUAAUAUAGAACUACUACAGGUUUAAUGCAGUACUACUACUGGUUUAAUACAGUACUACUACAGGUUUAAUAUAGUACUACUACAGGUUUAAUAUAGUACUACUACAGGUUUUAUAUAGUACUACUACAGGUUUAAUAUAGUACUACUACAGGUUUUAUAUAGUACUACUACAGGUUUAAUAUAGUACUACUACAGGUUUUAUAUAGAACUACUACAGGUUUAAUAUAUUAGUACUACAGGUUUUAUAUAGUACUACUACAGGUUUACUUCAGUACUACUACAGGUUUUAUAUAUUACUACUACAGGUUUAAUAUAGUACUACUACAGGUUUACUGCAGUACUACAACAAGUUCAAUAUAUUACUACUACAGGUUUACUGCAGUACUACUACAGGUUUAAUAAAGUACUACUAUGAACACCUGAAUGCUAACAUUACAUAAAUAGCUAGCAGAAAAGUGAAUAACUGGCUAAUUAUCAACUUACUGUAUUUCAACUAUUUAUCCAUAACUUCUUAUAAUAAUGCUUAAAGGGCACAUAUUAUGCAAAACCAACUUUUUAAUCAUUUGAUUAUGUACAUUUGGGACUCUGGAGGGCCUAUCAGCAGGCCAAGUGUGAAAAAAAAUGACUCAGUCAUGUUUUUGUGGGCUGCCUCAGUCAAAAUACAGGAGAUAAAGCAGUCUGUUCAGAUUUUCCCCGUUAAUGACAUUUUCCCCGUUACUGACGUCAGUUAUGUUGCCACCCACCACAGUUUACUUCCUUCUUGACUAUCGGAGCUCCGCCAUUGUCACUAUAAAAGAGCAAGCUAGCGGAGAACAAGCAAGCAGGCCAGCCAGCAGCCUGCCGCUUGCAGCCUGCCAGCCUAAUGUCUGGGCAAAGGCUUCAGCAGACUGUUCAGUCAUUGGCUGCACAGCCCAACACUAAUUUACAUACGUAUAAGCACAGUGGAUUUAUUUUUAUUUUUGACCGCAAUGUCUGGCUAGAGUCGGAAAAACCAGAACGUGUGUGUGAACCUUCCUGUCGGACUGUUUUCACAACUACGGUCAGUACAACACUGGCCUGGCUGAAAGACUAUUCCUGAAAGAGGGAUUGUACCAACUGUCUGUGGAGAGACGGCAGAGGAAGUAACUGUGGAUUGUACCAACUGUCUGUGGAGAGACGGCAGAGGAAGUCACUGUGACCUGAUGAAGCUCAGGUGUUCCUGGACCCAUCAGAGGACAGAGACAGCUGCAGCAUCAGGACAGUCUGAAGGACACGAUCUGCACAGUUUACAUAAAAGUUAUAGCUUUGUUACUUACAACAUGUGUAACUAGAAUAUGAAUUAAACAUAAAUAAAGUGUUUUACUUUUAAGAAGAGUUUUGGUCAUUUUUAAACUCAGUAAUAAGUGUGGUUUUAUAUAAAUAACAUGUUAUUUCACAGAGGUUUUAUGAAGAUUUCCUGCAUGUACGAGUUGAAAACCUGGUUUGUGUAACAUCUAUCAAUAUGAAAAUGUUAAACCUGUAUUAAUGACUUAAGGAACACAAUACAUUACUGUCUCACAUUCAAACAUUAUUACGUUGGAAGAUAAAUGACAUGACAAUAUAUAAUAAAUGAUAGAAUAUUCAGUACAUAUACAGUAUUUUUAAUGGGGUUCAGUUAUGUUGACAUGUUGUACAGGAUACAGGAUAUAGAAGUAUUGCAGGCAUAUAAUAUGUUUAACUUCACUGGGCUCUGUAGACUGUAGGUCACUGCUCACUGCUGUACCUGUAAAGACAAGCAUAAAACACAGUGUUGGUUCUCAUAGUUAAGGUAUAAACACUUACAUUAUGUGAUAGAUAGAGGUUUUUAUAGCAGUAUUUACCUGAGGAAAACGUCACAGAAAGCUGUAAUCCUGAUUGUUGAUGUUAUUCAUUUCUCCGUGAUUUCAGGUCAGACUCCCGCUCUAACAUGUCCGGUGGUGAACUUUUUGGUUUAGAAGCAGUUAUUGAAUUAAUAUUGACGGUAGAAAUGCAGCUAAACUCAGUAGCAGUGAGGAGCUAACUGCCGGCAACGCUGAGACAGAAGUGGGAGGGGCCGGAGCGUCAUCUGCGUGAACUGCGGUACGAGUUUUUUGGGGAAAACCUGGUCUGAUUAGGAGAGACGGCAUCCAUCCCACUUUGGAUGGAGCGGCUCUCUUAUCUAGCAACAUGGCGAAGUUUAUUUCUAAAACCUGACAGUCCAGAGUUGGGACCAGGAAGCAGAGCUGCUGUCUUACACACUUCUCUGCGCUUUCUUUAGAACAAUCACCCACCCAAAACCCCAUAGAGACUGUGUCUGUCCCCAGACCACCUAAAUUAUUUAAAGAAAUAAAAACGAGGAGUUCAACAUAAAAAUCUAAUAAAAAUUAAAACCAACUCCUCAGUAGCACAAAAUAAGAGAAUGAAAUGUGGGCUGUUAAAUAUCAGGUCUCUGUCCUCUAAAGCUGUUUUAGUGAAUGAAUUAAUAUCAGAUUAUGAUAUUGAUUUACUUUGUCUUACUGAGACCUGGUUGUCCCACGAGGAGUAUGUUAGCCUAAAUGAAUGCACCCCCCCAGUCAUAUUAAUACUCACAUUCCUCGAGGCACUGGCCAAGGAGGUGGAGUAGCAGCCAUAUAUGAUUCGAGCAUUUUAAUGGACCCUAAACCUAAACUAAAUUAUAAUUCAUUUGAAAGCCUUGUUCUUAGUCUUUCUCACCCAAACUGGAAAACACUGCAGCCAGUUCUAUUUGUUAUAGUGUACCGCGCUCCUGGACCGUACUCUGAUUUUAUAUCGGAAUUCUCAGAGUUUUUAUCAAGUUUAGUCCUUAAAUCAGAUAAAGUAAUUAUUGUAGGUGAUUUUAAUAUUCAUGUGGAUGUUAACAAUGACAGCCUUAGUAAUGCAUUUAUAUCAUUAAUAGACUCAAUUGGCUUCUGUCAGAGUGUAAAUAAACCAACUCAUUGUUUUAAUCACACUCUUGAACUUGUUCUAUCAUAUGGCAUUGAUAUUGAACAUUUAAUAGUCUUCCCACAUAAUCCUUUCCUAUCUGACCAUUAUUUAAUAACUUUUGAAUUCAUACUAUUAGAUUAUAAGCCAUUAGGCAAAACUUCCUACAGCAGAUGUCUAUCUGACAGUGCUGUAGCUAAAUUUAAGGAGGAGAUUCCUUCAGUGUUUAAUUCAAUGCCAUGUCUGAAUUUAACAGAGUCCUAUAAUGACUUUAGUCCCUCUGAAAUUGAUAAUCUUGUCGAUAGUGCUACAGGCUCACUACGAUCAACAUUAGACUCUAUCGCUCCUAUAAAAAGGAAAUUAUUAAAACAUAGGAGAUUAGCACCUUGGUACAACCACCAAACCCGCCAGUUAAAACAAAUAGCUAGGAAAUCUGAAAGGAAAUGGCGCUCUUCCAAAUUAUCAGAAUAUCGCUCAAUUUGGCAUAAUAAUCUUAAAACUUAUAGAAAGGCCCUCCGUAAUGCCAGAGGAGCCUAUUACUCAGCACUAAUAGAAGGAAAUAAGAAUAACCCUAGGUUCCUCUUCAGCACUGUAGCCAGGCUGACAGAGAGUCACAGCUCUAUUGAGCCACAUAUCCCCAUAAACUUAAGUAGCAAUGACUUCAUGAGCUUCUUCUAUAAUAAAAUUAUUAUUAUUAGAGAGAAAAUUAAUCACCAACUGCCAUCAACAGCUAUCAGUGGCUCUCCAAGUUCAGGGACUUUUGCUAAUGUAAACUUAGAUAUAUAUUUAGACUGUUUUUCUGCUAUCGAUCUUCAUCAGUUAACUUCAAUAAUUUCUUCAUCGAAGCCAUCAACCUGUCUAUUGGACCCGAUCCCAACUAGACUGCUUAAAGAAGUUGUUCCCUUAAUUGGCACUUCUUUACUGGAUAUGAUUAAUCUUUCUUUAUUACCAGGAUAUGUACCACAGUCCUUUAAAGUAGCUGUAAUUAAACCCCUUCUUUCUAACCUCCCCUUCUGGAGAAAGUAGUCGCCAAAGAGUUGUGUGACUUUCUACAUAACAAUAGUUUAUUUGAGGAGUUCAUCACAGCACUGAGACAGCUCUGGUUAAAGUUAAUUAUGACCUUCUGAUUGCUUCUGACAAUGGACUUCUCUGUACUUGUAUUAUUAGAUCUUAGUGCUGCAUUUGACACCAUUGACCAUAAUAUUCUUUUACAGAGACUUGAGCAUCAAAUUGGCAUUAAAGGAACCGCACUAAGCUGGUUUAAGUCAUAUUUAUCAGAUUGCUCGCAGUUUGUACAUGUUAACGAUGAAUCUUCAAUAAAUACUACAGUUAGUCAUGGAGUUCCACAAGGUUCUGUACUUGGACCAAUACUAUCUACUUUAUAUAUGCUCCCUUUAGGCAACAUUAUUAGGAAUCACUCCAUUAACUUUCACUGUUAUGCAGAUGAUACGCAGUUAUAUCUAUCAAUCAAGCCCAAUGAAAUUAAUCAAUUAUCUAAAUUACAAACAUGUCUUAAGGACAUAAAAUCCUGGAUGACCUGCAAUUUUCUGAUGUUAAACUCAGAAAAAAACGAAAUUCUUGUUCUUGGCCCCAAAAACCUUAGAGACUCACUGUCUAAAGAUAUAGUUACUCUAGAUGGCAUUACCUUGGCCUCUAGCACCACUGUCAGGAAUCUUGGAGUUAUCUUUGAUCAGGAUUUGUCAUUUAACUCCCACAUAAAGCAGACCUGUAGGACUGCCUUCUUUCAUUUACGUAAUAUUACAAAAAUUAGACCCAUACUAUCACAGACAGAUGCAGAAAAACUAAUCCAUGCAUUUGUUACUUCAAGGCUGGAUUACUGCAACUCUUUAUUAUCAGGUUGCCCCAAUAAGUCCAUUAAAACGCUCCAAUUAAUUCAGAACGCUGCAGCACGAGUACUGACAGGAACUAGAAAAAGAGAUCACAUCUCUCCUGUACUAGCUUCUCUGCAUUGGCUCCCUGUAAAAUGUAGAAUAGAAUUUAAAAUCCUCCUCCUCACCUAUAAAGCUCUUCAUGGUCAGGCCCCUUCAUAUCUUAAAGAGCUCAUAGUACCCUAUUACCCCACUAGAACACUACGUUCUCUGAAUGCUGGGCUACUUGUGGUUCCUAUAGUCUCUAAAAAUAGAACAGGAGCCAGAGCCUUCAGUUACCAAGCUCCUCUCCUGUGGAACCAGCUUCAAGUUGUGGUUCGGGAGGCAGACACCCUCACCACAUUCAAGAGUAGGCUUAAGACAUUCCUCUUUGAUAAAGCUUAUAGUUAGGGCUGGAUCAGGUGAGUCCUGAACCAGCUCAUGGUGGUACUGUUGGGUCUCUGUAAUUAAUCUUAUUAAGAGUUCGGUCUAGACCUGCUCUAUUUGAAAAGUGUCCUGAGAUAACUUCUGUUAUGAAUUGGCGCUAUACAAAUAAAAUUGAAUUGAAUUGAAAA